GUGCUAUGUCUGGCUGGCAUUCAUAAGAGCAUACAGGUAGUUCCUCCCAUUUUCAGUCCCUUUUCUAUACUAUAAAUAGGAAUAUCCUUUGAGGAUGUGUCCAUAACAUUAGUGCUUACUCCAAGUGAAACUACAAAAUGGAGCUGCAGACAUGGCUUCUGAUGGUCUUUACGUGCUGCUAUGCUGUGCCACAAGACAUGUCAGGGAAGGAAAUCAUUUCCCCAGGAGAGUCAAACACCGCCUAUGUCAAGAUAACCCCUGACAUGAACAAAAUCUUCUUUGCUGUGACUGUCUGCGUUCGAUUUUUCACCGACUACCAGACGAAGGAGCUGACCAUUUUCUCAUUGGCCACGCCUUCUCAUGCUGAUGGUUUUGUCAUCUUCAGGGGAGAUGGGGGAAAUUACAGGGUGUACAUUCAGGACCAAGGUAUCUAUUUCUGGGGAUUGCCAGACAAAAUGAACGAGUGGAACUCUGUUUGUGGGACGUGGGAUGCCAGUACAGGAUUGACUCAACUGUGGGUGAAUGGGAAGCCAAGUGCGAGGAAAGCUCUCCAAGCCGGCGGCUCCAUCUCUGGUACACCGAGUAUUAUUUUAGGUCAGGACCAAGAUGCAUACGUUGGUGGGUUUGAUGUGUAUGACUCCUUUUACGGACAUGAGACCGAUGUCCACAUGUGGGACAGAGUGCUCUCUCCAUGUGAGAUCCAAAGCUACAUGAAGGGGGAGGUGUUAUCUCCAGGGAAUGUGGUAAACUGGAACGCACUAAAAUACACAAGGCAUGACUAUGUGGUUGUUGAGACGAUGCAGAAACUGAUCUGUUAAAAAUUUGACCGCAAAAAUCACAAACAGAUCAUUUCAAACUAUGCUUACAUUUGUAUACGAUCAUGUGUCUAUAUUAUGCGUGGGAAUAGUUUGGAACAGAUUUCCAAAAUUAAAAUCACUUGGAGCUGAUUUCCUGGUGUUUUUACAGUCUUUUAUGUCCCAAAAUUAAAACAAGAAAAAAAGUUUGGGGGCGGAAUAAAACCACCCACGGGCCAAAUUUGGCCUGCGUGCCGCCAGCUGGGGAACCCUGCUGUAGGGGUUUGUAUCAAUUAUGUAUUAAAACACUAGAUUGUUGAUUAUAAAAUGUGAUAUGUAUUGGUCAUUGAGAGACUCUGAAGCCACUGUCCGCCAUAUUGGUACUUCUCAGAAGGAGCAGUCCUCCAUAGGAAUGAAUGGAAUGCUACAUUAUUUCAAUUUAAUGUUUCAAGGGCAAAAUUACAUAUCUUUAAGUAUUUAUUUGUUGUAGAGUGAACAGUAACAUUCGUAUUCUCAAAAAUUUAUACUUUAAGGAAAAACUAUUUUUGUUUUGUUUGUUCAUAUAAUACAAUUUAGAAGUAUGCAUUAAGGUGUCUGUUAUGUAAUAUGCUUGACAAAGUGUUGGAGGGGUACACAAAUGGUGACAGUGACUUCAAAAUAGCGCCACCUGUCAGUCAUCUAGUAUUAAUAUGCACCAUUGGUUUGUAUGUGUGCUAGAGCAGAUGGACGUUAUGGCUCCCUUCGUGGAGGUCAUGUCAAGCAGUGUUCGCAAUAAAGAACCAAAAAGGACAUAGCCGGGCCUGUCCACUUAUAAUUGUUGAUAUCACAAUGCCAAAUUUACUUUCUCAUUUGAAUAAAAUCUCAAUAAUAAAUACAAUGAAAAUGUACAAUCACGUCUUUAUUAAUUGUUUGUGUUUCCACGACAGCCUAAUGUUUGACACCGCAGUAAAGCAGACAGAGGGCUUUUUAAUGUAUCACCCUUCCUCCAGAAAGGGCAGGUGUAGAAGAGAGCAUGUUGAUGGGCAUGGACAGAGAGUCAUAGGAUUUAUCAUGACCACUGUGGUCUGCACACACCUGACCAGGGGGACCAUGCUGUACAGAACGGUCUACCCCUCCAAUACCUCCUAAAGCCCCACUGAAGCAGAGUUGGAUGGAGUUUGUGGUCAACACCCUGGGAGUGGCAGGGUGGAUGAUGUCCAUACUGGCAAUUAUUAUGUUUCCCCAUUACAGGUCUGCUUAUAGCCAAAUCCUUUCAGAGCAAGCCAAAUAAUUUCAUGUUUUGAAAAGUUAUCCUAGAUCACGAUUCAUUUUUUGAAUGUAAGUUAAAAUAAACGGUUGAAAAAAUGUUAUUGUGGACAGGUAUUAGGAGCUGUGCUUGUGAGCUACCACUUCAAAAAACAAUACUAGUUGCAACUUAUUCCUUCAAAAUGUUAUUGUGGACAGGUAUUAGGAGCCGCGCUUGUGAGCUACUACUUCAAAAAACAAUACUAGUUGCAACUUAUUCCUUCAAAAUGUUAUUGUGGACAGGUAUUAGGAGCCGCGCUUGUGAGCUACUACUUCAAAAAACAAUACUAGUUGCAACUUAUUCCUUCAAGUAUUUUAUUGAGGCGAGCAUGACAAACUGGGAUAUACACGAGCUCGUGACCAAUCAUCCCCAGCAUCCUUGGGUCAAGUGCACUGAAUACCUCAAGUGGAAUUUGUUCAAAGAC